AAUUCAUUUAUCUGCAGGAAUGAUUGCGACUAUCAGUCUGAAGCUCACCGCCUGACUGAGGAGGUGAAAGUUGCGCCACAGGAAGAUAAACCGCAAAAGACAAUAUUGCACAUGAUUUGCGUGUGCAUCGGAUGAGCAGGAGAGGGAAAUUCCUCUCGACGAAAAAGUAAAUAGGAAUAGGGCAUCGGAGUUUGCCUGGCACAGACUUAAGUCAGAGAAAUAGCAAGCAGAGACAGUUGCUAGAGAUUCUUCCUCUUUCAGUCUCCACCGCUGCAGACUGAAGAUGCUCUUGGACGCAGGACCACAGUAUCCCACCAUUGGAGUGACUACUUUCGGCUCCACCAGACAUCACUCAACAGGCGAAGUUACAGACAGAGAAGUGGCUUUGGGUAUCAAUCCGUUCGCCGACGGUAUGGGCGCUUUUAAAAUCAACCACAGCUCCCACGAUCUUGGCUCUGGCCAAACAGCGUUUUCCUCGCAAGCCCCCGGUUACGCCGCCGCCGCUGCCCUGGGACACCAUCAUCACCCCACUCAUGUCAGCUCGUACUCCACCGCCGCCUUCAACUCCACUCGGGACUUUCUCUUUCGCAAUCGGGGUUUCGGAGACGCCACGAGCGCGCAGCACAGUCUCUUCGCCUCCGCCGCUGGAAGUUUCGCCGGGCCACAUGGACACUCUGACGCCGCUGGGCACCUGCUCUUCCCGGGACUGCACGAGCAAGCGGCCACGCACGCGUCCUCCAACGUGGUGAACAGUCAGAUGCGCCUGGGCUUUUCCGGGGACAUGUACGGGAGGGCCGAACAAUAUGGUCACGUCGCGAGUCCGAGGUCCGAGCAUUACGCGUCGACUCAGUUGCACGGCUAUGGCCCCAUGAACAUGAAUAUGGCUGCUCAUCACGGGGCAGGGGCCUUCUUUCGGUACAUGAGACAGCCCAUAAAGCAAGAGCUCAUCUGCAAAUGGGUCGAACCGGAGCAGCUGACGAAUCCGAAAAAGUCCUGCAACAAAACUUUCAGCACCAUGCACGAGCUUGUGACCCACCUGACGGUGGAGCACGUUGGGGGACCAGAGCAGUCGAAUCACAUUUGCUUUUGGGAAGAGUGUCCCCGGGAAGGGAAACCGUUUAAAGCAAAGUAUAAACUUGUGAAUCAUAUCAGAGUGCACACCGGAGAAAAACCGUUUCCGUGUCCAUUCCCCGGCUGUGGAAAAGUAUUUGCCCGAUCGGAAAAUCUGAAAAUCCAUAAAAGAACACACACCGGUGAAAAACCUUUCAAGUGUGAGUUUGAAGGCUGUGACAGGCGCUUCGCGAACAGCAGUGAUCGUAAGAAACACAUGCACGUCCAUACCUCUGACAAACCAUAUCUCUGCAAAAUGUGUGAUAAAUCCUACACACAUCCCAGCUCCCUCCGGAAACACAUGAAGGUUCACGAGGCUUCGUCUCAAGGACCCCAACCCUCCCCGGCCGCCAGCUCCGGCUACGAGUCCUCCACGCCGCCCACCAUCGUGUCCCCUUCCACAGAAAACCAGAGCAGCAGUUCCAUAUCACCAGCAUCAUCCACAGUUCACCACACGAGCAGCCACAGCACCCUUUCGUCAAAUUUUAAUGAAUGGUACGUGUAAAUAUUUUCAAAAGACUGCAGAAUUAAGACUGCUUUGGAAUCAAGACUCAAAAGUCAGCCUAUUCUCGCGUGGACCUACACACACACACAAUGUGAAGAAUCUGAACGGUUUUCUGAACCCGCUGUCUAAAGAGAGCAGUGCAUGGACGGGGUGUGCAACGCUCUUGACAGCCGAUUUUUGUCCACCAUUUCUUUUGCCCCCCCCCCCCCCCCCCCCCCUUUUUCUUCUUCUUCAUUUUUUUUUUUUUUUUUUUUUUUUUCGGAAGACUGCACAGAGAACUUCAACUGCAUGCUAGCAGGUCACAGCCUGUUUUGUUUUGUACAUAAAGAUUUACCUAGUUUAAAAUGUAAUAUUUUAUUUUGUAAAUAGCCAUAAUACAAUUUAAGGGAAUUUGUGAAAAAAUGUGGUCCCUAGAUAUAUGGAAAAUGAAAUGGUUUUACGAAUAUUGCGAUGAAUAGUCUUGACUGAAAAGAAUGUUAUAGUUUAUGUGUACCAAAUGUGAAUUACCCAGUAUUACCACAGUCUACACGUUUACCUAACCGAUUAGUAUUAAUGUGCUUUUGUAUCCAGUGCAACAUUUCGUCUCCAGUCCAGUCUGAGUAGCACACAGUUGUUGUUAUUUAAUGUCAUGUCGAUAAACCGUGUAGUGAAAGCCUGAA